AUGACGGGCCCCACGGGCACACCGCGAGACCCAUCGCCAUCAUCAACAGUCACUGGCGCAGUGGAGCCGACGCAGCCGACCACCCCUUCCGACCGCCACCCGCGCGCAACAUCCGGCCAGACCUCCGCGCCCAAGUCACCGAUGAACGAAAAAACCAAAAUGAACAUGAGCGAGAAGGGGUCGUCGGCGUCGUCGACGUCGUCGAAAGAGUACGAGGAGCGCGGCAUCAUUGAGGUCGACCAUGACGGCACAACGCGCAAGGUCAAGGUCGUUGUCGAGGACAAGACUGGAAAGGAACAGUUCAAGGACGCUGAGGGCGGGCCGUACAGCCAACCACGAUGGCGACACUCGCUGCCGUUCAUGAAGCCAAAGUAUCCGCCACCACCGCCGCCGAUGUCGCUCGACGACGCGAAACUCACCCCGGAAGUCAGCGCGAACUGGUUCUCGUUCCUCUACUUCAACUGGGUAUCGCCAAUGAUGGCGCUCGGCGACGCGCGCCCUCUCGAGGCGACAGACCUGUGGCGGAUGGAUGAGAAGCGGUCGGCUGGACGACUGGCAGGCAUCCUCGCGGAGAAGUACGAGGAGCGCAAGAAGAGCGCCGAGGAGUACAAUGCGCGCCUCGCGGACCCACGUACCCCACUCCCACGGCGGCAGCGUAUCUUCUACCCGCUCCUACCACAUCGUGAGAAGCGUGAAGCCGACUUCCGUACCAAGAAAGGAAAGAAGAAGGCCAGCCUCGCAAUGGCUCUCCUCGACGUAUUCGGGUGGUGGUUCUGGAUGGCGGGCGUCCUCAAAAUCAUUGGUGACUGCUCUCUAGCAUGCUCCCCGCUCCUCAUCCGUGCACUUAUCCGUUGGUCCACAAAAAAUGAGCUCCAUCGCAAGGGCUUACCAGUGGCUGCUCCAAAGAUCGGAGACGGCGUCGGAAUGGCCAUUGGCCUGUUCUUCAUGCUCAGCAUCUCAUCUCUUACCUUGCACCACUACUUCUACCGUACUAUGGGAACGGGCGUGCUCGCGCGCUCGGCGCUCAUUUCCGCAAUCUACGAGCGUGCCCUCCGCUUCACUCAGAAGUCGCGCAGCGAGCUGCCGAAUGGAAAGAUCACCAACCACAUCUCGACGGAUACGGCUCGCAUCGACUUCGCUGCGGGCUUUGUGCACAUCCUGUGGACAGCACCGAUCCAAUUCAUCAUUAUUACUGUUAUUCUAAUUGUGGAGCUAGGAUAUUCCGCGGUACCUGGUAUUAUGUUCCUCCUGAUCAUGACGCCUGGCCAGGCCAUCAUCAUGAAGAAGCUUUUCGAAGUGCGCAAGAAGUCGAUGGUGUGGACCGACAAGCGUGCCAAGCUGCUCCAGGAGAUCCUGGGAGGCAUGCGCCUUGUCAAGUUCUUCGCUUGGGAGAAACCUUUCCUGGAGCGUCUCAGCGCCGUCCGACGGAUGGAGCUCGGCUACGUCCGUACGCUCCUCAUCGUCCGUUCUGGCAUGAUGGCAUUUGCCAUGUCGCUGCCAGUCCUCGCCACGAUUCUCGCAUUCGUCACGUACUCCCUCACAGCCCACGAUCUCCAGCCAGCGACCAUCUUCACCUCGGUCACGCUCUUCAACCUGAUGCGCAUGCCGCUGAUGAUGUGGCCCAUGACUCUCAGCGCAACAGCCGACGCUAUCAAUGCUCUUGGCCGUCUCCAGGCUGUCUUUGACGCCGAGGUCACGACCGACGAACGUGUGAUCGACCCAGACCUCAAGGAGGCCGUGCUGAUUAAGGACGCGUCGUUCACGUGGGACGCGGCACCGCCUAUCGAGGACGAGGUCGUCAAACUCGAGGCCAAACUUGCGGCGGCCCAGAAGGGCGUCAAACCAGCUGGCAAGUCGCCCAAGAAGUCCAAGGACAAGGAGGGCAAGAAGUCCGGUAUCCAGACUCCGGCAGCAGGGCCGCAGGGUAACUCGCAGGACGACGUCUUCCAGCUCAAGGAUAUCAACCUCUCGAUCCCGUCUGGGUCGCUCACGGCGAUCGUGGGCCCCAUUGGUUCUGGCAAGUCAUCGCUCCUCCAAGGCCUCAUGGGCGAAAUGCGUCGCACCUCUGGCAGCGUCAAGUUCCAAGGCACAACAGCACUGUGCGCCCAGACCCCAUGGAUCCAGAACGCAACUGUGCGCGAAAACAUUCUAUUCGGGCAGCCGUGGAACGAGGACAAGUACUGGGCUGCUGUGCGCGAUGCGUCCCUUGAGCCAGAUCUCGAGCUCCUCGAGGACGGCGACGGCACUGAGAUUGGCGAGAAGGGCAUCACGCUCUCGGGUGGGCAGAAGCAACGCGUUAACAUUGCGCGUGCGCUGUACUUUGACUCUGACAUUAUUGCGCUUGAUGACCCACUCUCAGCACUCGACGCGGGUGUUGGCAAACAGGUGUUCUUCAACGCGAUUCUGGGCGCGCUGGCUGGCAAGACGCGCAUCCUUGUGACGCACGCUCUCCACUUCCUCCCGCAUGUCGACAACAUCAUCAUGCUUGACAACGGACGUGUCUGUGAGACUGGGACAUACCAGGAGCUCAAGGAUGCGGACGGGCCGUUCUCGCGGCUCGUGCGUGAGUUUGGCUCCGAGGACGUUGAGGAGAAGGAGGCUGGCGACGAGGAGGAAGCGAUCGAAGAGGACAAUGGCCCCCACAAACCAAUUGACCGCUCCAAGAUGACGACUCGCGGUCUCGGCCACGGUAUGCUCAUGCAGCUCGAGGAGCGCAACCAAGGAAGCCUGCAGAAGGGCACGUUCUCGGGCUACCUCCGCGCAGGCAAGGGCUACAUCAUGCUCCCCCUCCUGCUUAUCGCGGUCGUCAUUGGACAGGGCUUCACCGUCAUGUCUCAGUACUGGCUGGUAUGGUGGCAACAGGGCGAAUGGGGCCUGAGUAACAACGCGUUCAUGGGCGCAUACGCGGCGCUUGGUAUCGGCCAGGCGCUUGGCGUGUUCCUCAUUGGCUCCUUCAUGUCGCUUAUCAACUUCUUCGCUUCCGUCACGAUCCACCGCGACGCCAUCAAGAGUGUCAUGUACGCGCCGCAGAGCUUCUUCGACACGACGCCACUUGGACGUAUCAUGAACCGGUUCAGCAAGGACAUUGACACAAUCGACAACACGCUCUCCGAUGCGGCGCGUAUGUCGCUGAACAUGGUCGCCAACGUCAUCGGCGCGGUUGUUCUGCUCGCUGUCAUCAGCCCGUGGUUCCUCAUCGCCGUUGCUGUAGUUUUCCUCCUCUACUACCACUGCGCGCAGUACUACCGCGCCUCGUCACGCGAGUUCAAGCGCGUUGACGCGAUCCUCCGUUCUUCGCUCUACUCGCACUUUUCUGAAUCACUCUCGGGUAUUUCCACCAUCAGGGCGUACGGAGAAGGCAAGCGGUUCAUUCGGGAAAACGUCAAGCGGAUGGACGUGGAGAACCGUGGUUACUACAUGACUAUUAUCAACCAGCGCUGGCUCGGUAUCCGUCUCGACAUGCUCGGAUCGCUGCUCACGUUUGCGGUCGCGCUUAUCGUCGUUCUCAACAACAAGGUCUCGGCGGCGCACUCGGGCCUGGGCCUCUCGACAAUGCUCACGAUCCAGCAGGUCUUCUCGUGGCUCGUGCGCCAGCUUGCCGAGGUUGAGAAUGACAUGGUUGGCGCCGAGCGUAUCAUGUACUACGCCAAUAACCUGGAACAGGAGCCGCCGCACGAGGUCCCCGAUCACAAGCCCGACGCUUCGUGGCCCGCCCAAGGCGAAAUCUCGUUCGACAAUGUCGUGAUGAAGUACCGCCCCGAGUUGCCGGAUGUGCUCAAGGGCCUGACGAUCCACGUCAAGCCGUCCGAGAAGAUCGGUAUUGUCGGGCGCACAGGAGCGGGCAAGAGUUCAAUCAUGGCCGCACUGUUCCGAAUCACCGAGCUGUCGUCUGGCUCGAUCACAAUCGACAACGUCAACAUUGCCGACAUUGGUCUCGACCAACUGCGAUCCCACAUCAGCAUUAUUCCUCAGGACCCGCUGCUGUUCUCGGGGACGCUGCGUUCCAACAUCGACCCGUUCAGCAGGCACACCGAUGCCGAGCUCUACGACGCGCUCAAGCGCGCUCACCUCAUUCCAUCUACGACGUACGACGCAUCGAAGAGCGGCGACGAGACCCCCGUUUCCCGCUUCAACCUCGACUACGUGGUCGAGGAGGAGGGCGGCAACCUGUCCGUCGGCGAGCGUUCGCUCGUCUCGCUUGCACGCGCACUAAUCCGCGACUCCAAGGUCCUCGUGCUCGACGAGGCGACUGCCAGCGUCGACGUCGAGACCGACUCCAAGAUCCAGGAAACGAUCCGGCAAGAGUUUGGCAACAAGACGCUCCUCUGUAUCGCGCAUCGUCUGCGCACAAUUCUGUCGUACGACCGCAUCUUAGUCAUGUCCGACGGUGCUGUCGAGGAGUUUGACACACCCGAAAACCUUUUCAACUCCCGCGGACAUUUCUACGAAAUGUGCCAGAAAUCAGGCAUUAGCCUCGAGGAUAUUCGCUACUAUGCGUCUCUGAGGUUCUCUGAGUGA